GUACAUAUUGAUUCAUUGACAGGAUAAUAUUAUAAAGCUGAUAAAAUUUACUUUUGAUACGUAUAUUGAUAGGGUGAAGAAUACACCAGGCUUGGCCUAUCUUCUAAAUGAGAUUAUCUUUCUCACUGGUCUCCUUUUGGGAGAUUUAGUCGUUGUAUAAGGCUUAUUUGAAUACAGUCUCUCGCAUUCUUCUCUUGAUUUGCCCUUUGUCUCUCUGAUAAAUCUCAAAAUGAACACAAUACAGGCGAUCUGCACAGCCCCCAAUCCGAAGAAGAACCCUAGAGCAGUGAAGUACUCAAACAUCAGGUUUGCAAAUGUAGAGAAGAUGCAAACCAUCACCAUGUUGAUCAUCGCAACCACUGAUGUUCCGGAGCUGUCGAGAACAUCAGAACUGUAGAUCCAGAGAGCUGGACCAAUUCCAAAGUCGUAGGCAAAGGAGUAGAGCAUUGACAUGAUAAUUAUUCCAAUGCUUAAGUCCAUGAGCGAAAAUAUUCCUGACAGAAUAAGACAAAUCAUGAUCACAAAUUCACUCGAUAAGAAGAAGAAUUUUCUGGAAAAUAUCUUAUAUAGCCAAAUGGAUGAGGCUGUUCCUACAAAAGCUGCUAUUCCAAAGAGGAGAGUCCCAAAGCGUGCUUUUCUCUCAGCUGAGUUGCCUUCAGCUCCUUCUUUGAAGAUCUGGUUCGAGAAGGAUCAAACUCCACUGACUCCAGUGGUUUGAUGGAAGAAACUCAAAAUUGAGCAAAGUAACAAUGCUUUCUUGUAAUAAGAUGGCAACUUAUUUUUCACCGAUUUUUCAUUUCCCUCUGUAUUUUCCUUUGGCUGAGGAUCCUUGUUUUUAGGGCUAUUAGAUAUUUCAUAGCAUUCUUUGUUGUCAGUAUGAUGUGAAGAGUGAUGCUCCAUCGACUCUUCAUCCUCUGCCUCAUGAAUGUGAGGGUGAUAGUUUUGUGAAUUAUCAUUAUUUUGAGAUAAAAUCUUAUUAAUUGGUAAAAUCUUAUUAGUCUGUAUUGGCUUAGCAAUGGAAUAUUCCAGUCUUUCUAAGUCAACCUUUUCAUGUCAAAACUGUCUGAAUUAGAGCACACUAAGUUCAUAACUUUGGAGUAAUGCUCUAAGUCACCCUUCUUCUUAUAAUAGAUAGGAGUUUCAUAUCUGAAUACAAGCAUGAACAAUGUAAAUUGCAAAAGUCCAAAAGUAAUUGGGAUUCAACGCUUCUGGCUCCUCUGGAUAAGGUAAAAUAUAUGCUAAUCCAAACGAUAUCACAAGUCCAGUGGCAAGACUCAUCUGGUUCAGACUUCCGAGGCUUCCUGAGACUGACGGAGGACUCAUCUCCGAGAUGUAAAGCGGGCACACAGAAUAAUAGAUUCCAACAGCAACCCCC